CCAGGAGAACAGCAACUGACCGCCCGUGAGCGUGGAGACUCGCUGACCGCUCGAGAUAUAUACAAAAAGACACCUCAACCGCUCCCCCGCACCCCAUCCAUUCCCUCUUCUUUCCUCUCCUUUGAUCCUUUUGCUCCAAGCUUUUCCGCGACCCACAGUCACCAUGGCGGCGCAAUCCGGCUACAGCAACCCGCUGAAGAAGUUCAAGUUGGUGUUUCUGGGCGAGCAGAGCGUCGGCAAGACGUCGUUAAUCACGCGCUUCAUGUACGACUCGUUCGACAACAUGUAUCAGGCGACAAUUGGCAUCGACUUUUUGUCAAAGACCAUGUACCUCGAGGACCGCACCGUCCGGUUACAGCUUUGGGAUACCGCCGGUCAGGAGCGUUUCCGCAGUUUGAUUCCCUCGUACAUCCGCGAUUCGAGCGUUGCCGUCGUCGUCUACGACAUCUCCAACCGCAAAUCCUUCGAGAACACCCGGAAAUGGGUCGACGACGUGCGCGGCGAGCGCGGUAACGACGUCAUCAUUGUCUUGGUCGGCAACAAGACCGACUUGAACGACAAGCGCGAGGUCACGACGGCGCAGGGCGAGGACGAGGCUAAGAAGAACAACCUCAUGUUCAUCGAGACCAGCGCCAAGGUCGGCCACAACGUCAAGACGCUGUUCAGGCGCAUUGCGCAGGCGUUGCCGGGCAUGGAGGGCGAGGGCCAGCAGCAGCCAAGCCAAAUGAUCGACGUCAAUGUCAACCCGAACCCACCCGAGGAGGGCCAGGGCUGCGCCUGCUAAAUUCCCCCCGUCUCGUUUCGAUUUCGAACGAUUUAUUUCGGAUGUUGUAUAAACUCGCAUGCGGCGUGUUUAUUCUGUAAAUGCCCCUCUAAUGUCUCCGCCCGGCCCGUCCGCCCGGACACCGGGCCUAUCGUUGCAAGCACGGCGUUUUCGGUGAGUCGAACAGGAUAUAGGUGGCUGGCGGCCAUGGUAGCGGAUAACUCGUUGGGGUGUACGAAUUGUAUGACUAGUACGUAGUACGCCAUGAAGACAUUUUACGUUAGAACGAG